AUGAAGCUGCCACUCCUGGUGUUUAUUGUGUAUCUGCUGUGGUUGAAAGAUUGUCACUGUGCACCUAUUUGGGAGGACAAAACUGCCAUCCGUGGAAACCUGAAGGGUUUUUCUGAGGCUGGGGAGAUAGAUAUAGAUGAAGAGGUGAAGAAGGCUUUGAUUGGCAUGAAGCAGAUGAAAAUCCUGAUGGAAAGAAGAGAGGAGGAACACAGCAGCCUAAUGAGAACCCUGAAGAAAUGCAGAGAGGAAAAGCAGGAGGCCCUGAAACUUAUGAAUGAAGUUCAAGAACAUCUGGAAGAAGAAGAAAGGCUAUGCCAGGUGUCUUCUAGAGAUUCUUGGGAAGAAUGCAAAUCUUGCCUGGAAAGUAACUGCAUGAGAUUUUACACAACCUGCCAAAACAGUUGGUCCUCUAUGAAAAGCACGAUUGAACAGUUUAUCUGGAAGAUAUAUCAGUUUCUGUUUCCUUUCCAUGGAGAUAAUGAAAAAGAUCUCCCCAUGGGUGAGAAGUUCACUGAGGAAGAUGCGCAGCUGACCCAGAUAGAGAAUGUGUUCAGCCAACUGACCAUGGAUGUGAGAUUUCUCUAUAAUAGGAGUUAUAAUGUCUUCAAACAGAUGCAGCAAGAAUUUGACCAGGCUUUUCAAUCAUAUUUCAUGUCAAAUACAGACUUCAUCGAGCCUUACUUUUUUCCAGCUUUAUCCAGAGAGCCAACAAAAAAAGCACAUCUUGUGCAAAGUUGGGACAUUCCCAGCUUCUUCCAGCGCUUUUGCAAUUUCAGUGUCUCUAUUUAUCAAAGUGUCAGUGCAGCAGUUACUGAGAUGCUGAAGGUAAUAGAGGAUUUACCAAAACAAGACAAAGCGCCCUCCAGCAACGGCCUGAGUUCCACGAUGUUGCCCUUGCGGGGCCAGGGACUGUGUGGCGAACCCAGCCAGAAUUCGUCAGAAUGUUUCCAGUUUCUUGCAAGAUGCCAGAAAUGUCAGGAUUUCCUAUGGGAAGAUUGUCCUAAUGUACCUGAACUACACACAAAAGUAGAUGAGGCCCUUGAGUUGGUCAACCUGUCCAAUCAGCAAUACACCCAGAUUCUCCAGAUGACCCAGCAUCAUUUGGAGGACACCACGUAUCUGAUGGAGAAGAUGAGAGAGCAGUUUGGCUGGGUGACAGAACUGGCAAACCAGACCCCAGGAACCCAGGACAUCUUCAGUUCUAUGAAGGUAGUUCCAGGUGUUCACGAAGGAAAGUUUUCUAAAGAAGAUGAAAUGAGGAUAGACUUAAGCAUUCCGCCUUCCCCUAAUUUCACACUCACCAUCCCUCUUGAAGAAAGUGCUGAGAGUUCUAACUUCAUUAGCCACAUGCUGGCGAAAGCUGUACAGCAGUUUAAGGAACAUUUUAAAACUCGGCGUCUUGUACCCUUUGUACCCAGACUUCGAGACGCUCCUCUUGGGCUAGAGUACCAGUUUGGUCAGAGGGGCUUUAUCUGUUUUGCUCCUCGGUGCCCCCUGGUGGGCACUGUGUGGUAA